AUGUCGUCGAAUCCGAUUCUUAUCGAAACAUUGAAACCAUCCAAUAGUGAGUUACUGCCAAUCGUCGAGUCAGCGUUAAAGAGCAAUUUUAAGAAUGUCACUGUCGAAGUGGGACCAUGUCCAGAUCUGUCGGCUGAGCCUUUUUCAAUGACUUCAAGUGGUUUUGGCCAAAAACUUGUAAUUGCCGAUGUUGGUGGACCUGGGAAUCUGUUCCCAAAAAUUCACAAGGAGAAGGAAUUUGAUCUGAAGAUCUGCAAGGUUUGUCAAUCUCCAUUCUCGUUUGUAUUUGGUCCUGGAGCUGGACCGUGGAAAGUAGUAGGGAGGAACUGUGAAAUGGUUGCGGACGCCAAUCUUACUACGGCAAAGGUGAUUUUAUCAAGUGGGUACGUUGAUCCUUUAAACCGUCGUUAUAUGCUGAUAUUUCAUUACAUAAUUCUUAAUGCUUCUCGGUCCUUACUUUUUUCGCUUUGUCGUUUAGUACAUUGUAAAUGUUCGGUACGUAUCGGAAAAGACAACUUUCCCGAAACCAUACGGAAAGCGCUCGCUAAGCAUUACGGCGAAAGGUGCGUAUCUUUGGCUGGGAUUUUCUUGCUUCGAGAAGGUGAAGCGAAAUUGCACAUUAUGCCUGAUUUUCCUGGUUGUCAGUUCAGUUCAUCUGAAGAAGUUGAUAAAUGGCUACAGUUCUUCACAAUGAAGGCCCCUCUCGUGUGUGCAUCUGUGUUUCAUUCUUAUGAUCCAGGACACAAGCUUCGCAUGGAACAUACUCAUUGCUAUUCAAGUCAUGGAGAUGCUGGACACUAUUACUAUGACACAACGCCAGACACUGUAGCGUACGAAGGUUGGUUCACAGCAGCGGAGAAGAUAUACAGAAUUGACGAAAUAUAA